AUGACGGACGAAAUAGAAGAAAAACUGCAAGAUUUAACGAAAAAUCAGUUGAACGUCAAUCAGGAUUCUGAUAUUGGAAGAAGCAUGACAAGUUUGAAAAGAAUUGUUAAACAGUUCGUACCUACCUUGAAUGAAGUUACAAGAAGCAAACAACCAGCCAUCGCAAAUAUUGAGCUGCAAUCGGAUAACUCACCUACAAUAAGUCAUCUUCUGUCCAAACAGAUGAAUUCUGUCACUGUGGAUUUACACAAUAAUGAACUUCAUGGUUCCUGUAAUGUCGUCAAUGAAAAAUACAUCGAAGCAAUUGAAAAUAUAAAAGUGGUAGAAUUCAUCAGCUCAGAAGCCACCGCUAAGCGGAAACAAAACGUUCAUGUCUGCAACAAUAUGAUUGCUCUCAUGUAA